GCCCCAGGGAGGAAGAUUCAUUCUCCAGCGCUGACCGAACGCCGGUGAGUCUAUCUGUCCGCUUCCCUUCACUGCAUGUACUGAUAGAUGCCAGAUGGUAUUGUGCAAACCCACUUUUCUGCACCUGUCUAACGAGUGUGGGAGAUUGCUUUAACGGUAGAGAGUGAGUCAGUAUUGAAAUCUCUUCACACAGAGGCAUUCUAUUUUAUAGUAACGAUGUAUUCGAAUUACAUGGUAUUGGUUGGUAUUAUUUAUUUGUAAAAGUUUAUUUGUAAAGUUAAGUGCAUGUAAACCACACAUAAAUUGUAUUUUAACAGUAAUAGAAUGUAAAUUCACAAGAACAAAUGAUCACCUUUAUUUCUCAGACAUUUGCAUUUAUUUUAUCCAUUGUUACUGAAACUAAAUACAUGCUUUUAGUGUUAUUUAACAGGCUGUGUCUGGCACCCCUGCUGCCAAGCUUCUUGUUGCUUCUUUACAGAUGAAAAUGCUUGAUUGUACAUGACUAACAAUCACAGCUUUGAACAAUUGUACACAUAAAAUCAUAAUAUAUUUCAUUAAAACCCAGCAAAGUGUGUAAAUGUGUAAAUUGUGUAAAUUUGUGUAUGUGCUGCAAAAAGGGUCCUUUCUGUGUGAAGUUUGUAUGUUCUCCCCGUGUCUGUGUGUUCCUCCAGGUGCUCUAGUUUCCUCCCACAAUCCAAAGACAUCAGGUCCGGCGAAUUGAAGAUGUUAAAUUGGCUCUAGGUGCGAGUGUGUAUAUGAAUAUGUAUGUCUGUGUGUCUGCCCUGUGUGACUGGUGACUUUUCCUGCCUUCCGCCCAAUGAAUGUGUUUUGACAGUGGCAGCUCUUAAUGUUACACACUGAGUUUCAGAUUUUGGGGCCAAUUUACUUCAAAACAGUGGGAUCUAGCUGCUCACUAUGUGGCCAUGAGGGGCUGGGAUGCAGUCUCACUUCCUGCUCUAAAAUGUGGCUGAAAUAAGGCUCCUCCUAUGGACUAAAACUGCUUGUGUUUUGGUAGUGACUUGAAAACAUAGGACAUUUUUACGUUUUUCAACCUCACUUUAAAAGAAAUAAAAUAUUGCAAAGUAUUUUUAAGUAUUAUUUUACAAGCUGAAGUUUAGAGGUUAGGGUUUAGGACAACCACCUCUAAGUAGAAAGUAGCCUAUGAAUGGGGAUUUUGUAUAUAUAUGUAAUCAUUACUAUGUCAAUGAAUGCCUUGGGUUUAAAUCGAUACAGAACAUCAUUCUUGUAAAUAUCUAAGUAUCUAAAUAUCUAAACAACAACUCAUUUGGCAGAAUGGUCCAUAUGAAUGUAUGUAAGGAACUAAUUGGCCAGCUGCAUUUGUCAAAACAUAAAUAAUAUUACUAUUUUUUAUUACUAAUAAUUUUUGAUGUCAGUUUCAGACACUGCCGGCUGCCGUAACUGGCUGGCUUGCUGUGUGAAUGUAUGACUAAACAAUGCUGUAAAUGAAUGUGCAAAUGGAACAUGUAGUCUGUCUUGUCAUGCUGACAAUAAUGACUGACCAUGUUUGAGAGUCAAAAAAUAAUAACCAGCUUCUGUUUUUACCUUAGCGUGAAACGCUUUUGCUUUGUGAUCCACUUGACCUUUGACCUCAUGGCUAGCACCGAGAUGCCCAGUGUCUCCCCUGCACCCACAGAAGGGGACUCAAAGCAAAAACAGACCCUGCCUGCUGCUGAUAUCGUGGUGCUUGUUGUGUAUUUCCUUUUGAUCCUGGCAGUAGGAAUAUGGUCUAUGUGGAAAACUAAGAGAAGCACAGUGAAUGGAUAUUUUCUAGCAGGCAAAAACAUGUCUUGGUGGCCGGUGGGCACAUCUCUGUUUGCCAGUAAUGUGGGCAGUGGUCAUUUCAUUGGGCUGGCUGGGUCAGGGGCUGCAUCUGGCAUCGGCACUACAGCAUACGAGUGGAAUGGUAUGCUAAUGGUCCUGCUCUUAGGUUGGCUCUUCCUGCCCAUCUACAUUGCUUCAGGGGUGACAACUAUGCCUGAGUAUCUCCAGCGAAGAUUUGGAGGCAAAAGAAUACAGAUUUUUAUUGCCGUCUUGUAUUUAUUUAUUUACAUCUUCACAAAAAUAUCAGUGGAUAUGUAUGCCGGUGCUGUGUUCAUUCAGCAGGCUCUUGGCUGGGAUAUUUAUCUAGCAGUGAUUCUUCUCCUUGUCAUUACUGCACUCUACACAGUAGCAGGUGGUCUCGCAGCGGUCAUCUACACUGAUGCAGCUCAGACUGUCAUCAUGCUGGUGGGAGCCCUGACCCUCAUGGGCUUCAGUUUUGUGGAGGUUGGGGGUUGGCAGGCUGUCUUUGAUGGCUACAGUAACGCCAUCCCCUCAGUCAGAGACCCAAACACUACUUGUGGGAUCCCUCGUGAAGACGCCUUCCACCUUUUCCGCGAUCCAGUGACCUCUGACCUGCCGUGGCCAGGCGUGCUGCUUGGCAUGUCUAUCCCCUCCAUGUGGUACUGGUGUUCUGACCAGGUUAUAGUGCAGCGUUCACUGGCUGCUAAGAACCUGCUGCAUGCUAAAGGAGGCUCUCUACUGGCUUCUUAUCUCAAAGUCCUACCCUUUUUCAUGAUGGUGCUCCCAGGCAUGAUCAGCAGAAUCCUGUUUCCAGAUGAGGUGGGCUGUGCAGACCCUGAGGUGUGUAAGGAGGUCUGUGGAAAUUCCGUGGGCUGCUCAGACAUUGCUUACGCCAAACUGGUCAUGGAGCUCCUUCCUUCAGGUUUGCGGGGUCUGAUGAUGGCUGUGAUGCUGGCGGCUCUUAUGUCAUCUCUGACUUCCAUCUUCAACAGCUCCAGCACUCUGUUCACCAUGGACCUGUGGAGACACUUCCGCCGUGCUGCCUCUGAGUGGGAGCUCAUGAUUGUGGGCAGAGUGUUCGUGCUGGUGUUAGUGGUGGUGUCAGUGUUAUGGAUCCCCCUGGUUCAGUCCAGCCAGGGUGGUCAGCUCUUUAUCUACAUCCAGUCCAUCAGCUCCUACCUGCAGCCACCUGUGUCUGUGGUGUUCAUAGCUGGCUGCUUCUGGAGAAGGACCAAUGAGAAGGGGGCAUUCUUGGGUUUGGUGCUGGGGCUGCUGGUGGGAGUUCUGCGGAUGAUUCUGGAUUUCAUCUACCCCCUCCCACAGUGCUACGAGACAGACAACAGACCUGCUGUUAUCAAAUACAUUCACUACCUAUAUUUUUCCAUUAUCCUCUCCUUGUUCACCCUUGCUGUGGUGGUGUGUGUGAGCUUGGCCACAGAGAAACCCAGAGAAGCACAGAUAAGUCGGCUGACGUGGUUCACGAGGUUUGAUCCUGUGCAGAGCAGCGAGGCAGACAGAGAAUCUGGAAUCUUUUCACUUGAGAACCGAGUACAUCUCGAAAAUAAAAAGAGCAACAAAAACAUAGAAGAACACUCGAAAGACCCAGCUGGUAGGGCUCAUGCGGAGAAGCCUGUAAGGUCCAAGCUGAAGUCUACCUUACUCUGGCUGUGCGGGAUGGAUCAGGGGUCUGGAGAGAAAGCCCCUCCUCCUCCGUCUGAGGCUGUUGUGUGUUCCCUGGAGGAGGACCCCUGCCUGAAGCAUGUGGUCAAUGCCAAUCUUAUUGUCUGCCUGUCAGUUGCAGUGUUUCUCUUUGCCUACUGGGCGUGACAGGUCUUCAUACCACUGGAGCCAACAAAACUCAAAUUUCAAUUAAUUAGUCAACCUUUUUUUUUUUCAACUUGAAGUACAUUGAGUGAGACCCCCAUUUUGUAGAUGAGCCAAUACAGAAAUCAGGGAUGAGAACAGAAUUGUAAAAACAUGUCAAAUGCGAAAAAAAAUAUAAAAAUAAUAAUAAUCACAAUAGAUA